UGUAUGAUUAUAAGCAGCAGCUUUCCCCUCCUGAAACCCACGUGGUUAACGAACCACAACACCGUCCUCUCGUGUCCUCAUUGGCCCACAGGUGAUUAUCGGGAUUGGUUGUAAGUAGCUUUUACUGAAAGGUAAAAGUUAGAGGAACCUUCUUCAUUCAAAGAAUUACCACUUCUACUGAAGAACAGCGUCGAGGUGUUGAAACUAAACGGGGGAAAUGAGCUAAAACUACAGUUAGAGCUGUCAAACCUCCCGGAUUCUUUAACUUGAAGUCUGAGUCUGUCUGAGGGGUUAGCAGACAUGGUAGAGGUAUUUGCCGGGCGGACACUCCUGAAUAAAGACGGGGAUUUCGUCGACUCCGAAGAGGCGUUGAGGAAUAAAGUGGUGGGGAUCUACUUUUCUGCAGGAUGGUGUCCGCCUUGUCGGGACUUCACACCCAUCCUGUGUGAUUUCUACACGGAGCUGGUUGAAGAGAGUGAACCUCCUGCUCAGUUUGAAAUAGUUUUUGUCUCUUCUGACAAGUCGAGCGAUGAUAUGGUUGAAUAUUAUCAUGAUAUGCACGGAGACUGGCUUGCUCUGCCCUGGACGGAUGACUACAAACAUGAGUUGAAGCAACGCUACAAGAUCACAGCGGUGCCCAAACUGGUGAUCGUGAAGGAGAACGGUGAUGUGAUCACAGACAAGGGCAGGAAGCAGAUCAGAGACCGAGGCCUGGCCUGCUUCAGGUCCUGGUUGGACGCUGCAGAGAUAUUUCAGAACUUUAAGGGUUAGGAAACAACGACAAGGAAAAGGUCAGCCCAUCUUUUCACGUGGGCUAAAGGAACCACAGAGAGCGCUGAGCAAAACCAAAGUAAAGUCCUUCUACAUUCACUUUAAUAGCAGUAACACGGUAAAAUCCUUCAAACUAAACAAUCUGAGAAAGAAAAAUCUGACUUUUGUUCAGCUUCUUACAAGUCAUGCCUUGAUGAGGGUUUCUUUUUACUAACCAUCCUAUGCAUUUAAGACAAAUCUCAGGCAUGUCUGUUGUGGUUCACGUGUUAAAAAAAAAAAGGCUCUGCUUUAAAGGAACUGUGUUUAGUUGAAAUAAUACAAGCCAGCUACUGUAGUUUGCAGUUUAUUUAAAAGUAUAUUGGCUUAUGUUCUCUAUAAGCUAGUGCACUAAUUAAACAUACAGCUGUCUUACCUAUAUUAAAUACAUACCUUCUUUCCAGAGAGCUUGCCUUUCUAUAUAUUUCCAAAAGUUUGACUUGUAGUUCUACUUUGAGCUGCUAUAUUUUUAUAUUUUGUUUUUUAUGAGUUGCUAAGACUGGUUAUUAUUAAAAAAUAUAUAUAU